ACGACGUACGCACGCACGCCCCUCCGUCUCCGAUCGGUCUUCCUCGCGCGCGCGCGUGCGGCCGGCGCCGGUCAACCCACGUCCAGAGCCCAGCCAUGGCAUCCUCCCCUCGCCGCGGCCAUGCCGUCGUCGUCCUCCUCCUCCUGCUCGCGUGCCAUGCGCCGUCCGCGGCCGCCGACGACAGAGAUUUCGACGACGACAAGCCGGCCAAGUUCCCCGACUGCGACAACCACUUCCAGAAGGUGAAGGUGAAGUACUGGGUGGGCGGCGAAGAGCAGAGCGCGCUCACGGGGGUCACGGCGCGGUUCGGCCGGUUGCUGCCGGACACGACGGCCGCGGCCCAGAAGCUCCCGGCCGUCGUCCCGACCCCCAAGAACGGCUGCGCCAAGUCGUCCGCCUCGCUGGCCGGCUCCGUCGCCCUGGCGGAGCGCGGGGUCUGCACCUUCUUCGAGAAGGCCAAGACGAUCGAGUCCAGCGGCGCCGCCGCCAUGAUCGUCGUCAACGACAUGAACGACUUGUCGAAGAUGGCGUGCACCCCGGAGGACAAGAUCUCCCGCAUCGACAUCCCGGUCGUCAUGGUGUCCAAGGCUGCUGGAGCCAAGUUCACCUCGGCCAUGGAAGGAGGGGCAAAGGUGGCCAUUCUGUUGUACUCGCCGACCAAGGGGCCGUUCGACGGCGCCAUACCUUUCCUCUGGCUCAUGGCCGUCAGCAUCACCGCCUGCGCCGCCGUUUGGACCGUCGUCGUGGUCGGCGAAGAGCCUAAGAAGCCUCCCACUACAGAGGUUGUAGAUCAAGAAGCUGCCGAGCCCGACGUCGUGGAGCUGCAGACCAAGACCGCGCUGGUGUUCGUCGUCACGUCGUCCUGCGUCCUGCUCUUCCUCUUCUUCUUCAGCUCCAUCUGGUCCGCCUGGUUAAUGGUCGUGCUCUUCUGUAUCGGUGGCCUUCAGGGCUUGCACUUUGUCACGGCGACUCUCAUUAUGAGAGUAUGCUCCGGGUGCCGGGAUUCGAAGGUGAAGCUUCCGGUCGUCGGGAACGUGACGGUCGUGACGCUCGUCGUCUUGCCGAUAGCCCUGUUCAUCGUCGUCAUGUGGGCUGUUCAUCAGAGCUCGCCCUUCGCUUGGGCUGGUCAGAACCUCCUGGGCAUCUGUAUGAUGAUCCUCGUGUUGCAAGUCGUGCAAAUGCCGAACAUAAAAGUCGCGUCGGCGCUUCUUAUCAGCGCGUUCCUGUACGACAUAUUCUGGGUGUUCAUAUCGCCCUUAAUAUUCAAGAAGAGCGUCAUGAUCACGGUUGCCAAGGGUAACGAGGAUGGGCCGAGCCUCCCCAUGGUUCUCAAGAUGCCCAAGUAUUUCGACCCGUGGAAUGGCUACGACAUGAUCGGAUUCGGGGACAUCCUUUUCCCAGGACUCCUCGUGGCCUUCAGUUUCAGAUAUGAUAGGACACACGGGAAGGAUCUGACCGGCGGUUACUUCCUGUACCUGAUGAUCGGCUACGCCUUCGGCUUGACAUGCACGUACGUUGGGCUGCACCUGAUGGGCAGCGGCCAGCCAGCGUUGCUCUACCUUGUCCCUUCAACGCUAGGAACCAUCGUGGCGCUGGGCGCCCAGAGAGGGGAGCUCAGCCAGCUCUGGAACGCCAAGGCUUAGCUUGUGAAGUGCUCCUCGUUGACAGAGCCUUGGUUGGUUUGCAAAUUGCAAGCCCUUGUCUGAGUAGAGAUUGUUAAUUGUUUGAUCUGAUGGCUGUUGGUAGCACGUGCCAGGCCAUCAGCAUGAACCAUGUGCCAGGCCAGCGACCAUCCAGCGUUGAAAAUGCUACACGUGGUCGCUCUGUGAGGCUAGAGAUUUCCAUGUUAAUUUAUAGAAGAAAAUGUGAAGAUCUAGGACGAUUAUUUUCGUGGGUCCAUGCGGAUUAAUCAUGUAUACGGUGUUAUUAUAUAGCUGCUGCUGUUGUAUAAGUUUUGUCCACUGAUAAUAAGCAGUGGAAUUGUAUAUAACUUUUUUAGAUAAUUGGAAAUUUUAUUUGAAACAGUUUUUAGGGAAUGUCAUCAUGGUUGAUUUUAUUA